AUGGAGGCUAAGAGCUUUGAAGGAAGGCAAAGUUGGAAAGAGAAGGUGAACAAGGAUGUUGUUGAUGAAGUGGAGGAUGACUCGGAGGAAGAGGAGGCUGGUGGUGGGUUGAUGCUGAGAUUUGAAGAGAAUGAGAAGCAGAAGAAAGCUGGAAGAAGAGGAUCUGGUGGUGGAGGAGGAGCGUCUCCACCAUGUUGUCAAGCAGAGAGGUGUGGUGCUGAUUUUGUUGAGGCCAAGAGGUACUACCGCCGCCAUAAGGUCUGUGAGUUUCAUUCAAAGGCGCCCGUUGUCAUGGUUUCCGGCCUUCGACAGCGUUUCUGUCAGCAAUGCAGCAGGUUCCAUGAGCUAACCGAGUUCGACGAAGCAAAGAGGAGCUGUCGCCGGCGUUUGGCCGGCCACAAUGAGCGGCGCCGCAAGAGCUCGGGUGAACCUUAUGGAGAAGGCUCAAGCCGAAGAGGGGUUGCUUCCAAGCAAUUCCAGAUCAGAUAA